GGAGUAUUUUGACUUUUGAGACACGUGUGUAUUUUAAAUAUCAAAAGGGUUUUAAAUUUUCAAAUAUUUACAUUUUAUUCUGAAAACCGUCAGUCAAAAUGUCUGUCGAUAAUGAAACCGAACCCAUAGAACCCGAACAAACACCCGAAGACGAAAAACCCAUGACCUGGAAAGAUCUGGGUCUCGUCGACGUUCUCUGUACCGCCUGCGAACAACUCCAAUGGAAAGAACCUUCAAAAAUCCAAAAAGAAUCAAUUCCUGUAGCCCUCCAAGGCAAAGACGUGAUCGGACUCGCUGAAACUGGCUCUGGAAAAACCGCAGCUUUUGCACUACCUAUCUUACAGUCCCUUCUUGAAAACCCGCAAAGAUACUUCGCUUUGAUUUUAACCCCCACAAGAGAGUUAGCGUUCCAAAUUUCCGAACAGUUUGAAGCUCUGGGGGCUAGUAUUGGAGUAAAAUGUGCAGUGAUCGUGGGAGGGAUGGACAUGAUGUCACAGGCUUUAAUGUUGGCGAAAAAACCUCACAUUUUGAUUGCAACGCCCGGGCGGUUACUUGAUCACUUAGAGAACACUAAAGGGUUUAAUCUGAAAGCGUUAAAGUACUUAGUUAUGGAUGAAGCUGACAGGAUUUUAAACAUGGAUUUUGAGGUGGAGGUUGAUAAGAUUUUGAAGGUGAUACCAAGAGAGAGGCGCACGUUUUUGUUUUCAGCUACGAUGACCAAGAAAGUGAAGAAGUUGCAAAGGGCGUGUUUGAACGAUCCUGUGAGGGUGGAGGUUUCAACUAAGUAUCAAACUGUGGAGAAGUUGCAGCAGUAUUAUAUUUUUAUUCCGGCGAAGUUUAAGGAUGUGUAUCUUGUGCACAUAUUGAAUGAAAUGGCGGGGAAUAGUUUUAUGAUUUUUUGCUCGACUUGCAAUAAUACAAUAAGGACGGCGUUGUUGAUACGGAAUUUGGGUCUUACAGCGGUGCCUUUGCAUGGGCAGAUGUCGCAGAAUAAGAGGUUGGCAGCCUUGACAAAAUUUAAAGCGAAGAAUCGGUCUAUUCUUAUAUCUACAGAUGUUGCUAGCAGAGGUUUAGAUAUUCCACACGUAGACGUCGUAAUUAAUUUUGACAUCCCCACACAUAGCAAGGAUUAUAUUCACCGAGUUGGCCGGACCGCAAGAGCUGGAAGAUCAGGAAAAGCCAUCACUUUUGUAACACAGUACGACGUGGAAUUAUAUCAAAGGAUAGAACUCCUCAUUGGAAAAAAGUUGCCUCUGUACAAAACCGAAGAGGACGAAGUUAUGGUGCUACAAGAAAGAGUCGCCGAGUCACAAAGAAUAGCAAAAAUGGAAAUGAAGGACUUAACAGACAAAAAAGGCAAGAGGAAAAAGGGCGACGACGGGGAUGACGACGACACUGAAGGUGCAUCAGGAGUGCGGAAACGUCUAAAAGGCGGCAACAAAAAAGGCGGCAAAAGGAAAUAACUGUAUUGUUGAAACAUUUUUAUUAAAAAAUGAAAUAAACUCCACUUUUAUUUUAGAAAUUUUACAAAAUACUUACAACUUUUAACUUAUCGCAAUAAAAAUCACAAAUUUAA